AUGAGAGGGAAAUAUCUUUCUUCACUAGUGCUGCUCAUUGUCUUGGCCGCCUCUAAUGAAGUUCUUGCGAAGGGCAAGACUCCAACACCUAUAAUAAGCAGAAAUAUUUUUCCAAAAGAUUUCAUUUUUGGAUGUGCAACCUCUGCUUACCAGAUCGAAGGAGCUGCUCAUAAAGAUGGUAGAGGACCAAGUAUUUGGGAUACCUUCUCUGAAAAAUACCCAGAGAGGAUAAGGGAUGGUAGCAAUGGGUCUGUUGCAGCUGACUCUUACCAUCUUUACAAGGAAGAUGUGGCUUUAUUGCAUGAAAUGGGGUUCAGUGCUUACAGAUUCUCUAUCUCGUGGUCAAGAAUAUUACCUCGUGGGGAUCUAAAAGGAGGAAUCAACCAGGCUGGUAUUGACUAUUAUAACAAGUUGAUCAAUGAGCUUCUGUCCAAAGGAAUUCAACCUUUUGCCACCAUUUUCCAUUGGGACACACCACAAGGCCUCGAAGAUGCUUACGGCGGAUUCCGUGACGAAAGGAUUGUGAACGAUUUCCGCGACUAUGCCGAUUUAUGCUUUAAGCAUUUCGGAGACAGAGUGAAGCACUGGAUGACACUGAACGAGCAACUGACAGUGGUGCGGCAAGGGUACAUGAAUGGUGUACACGCUCCAGGAAGAUGCUCCAACUUCACAAACCCUCAAUGCACCGCUGGAGAUGGAGGCAUCGAGCCUUAUAUCGUCGGUCACAACCUCCUACUUUCUCACGGAGCCGCCGUCAAAGCAAUUCAAAAAGGUCAAAUUGGUACUGCUAUAGUUUCCGGUUGGCACAUGCCCUAUGAAGAAACGGCCGCAGAUAAGCUAGCCGUGGCACGAGCCAUGGCCUUCUCAUUUGACUACUUCAUGGAGCCACUUGUGACGGGUCAAUACCCACGCGACAUGGUCAAACACGUAAAAGGGGGUCGCUUGCCUACAUUCACUCCAGAACAAUCUAAGAUGCUUAUAGGCUCAUACGAUUUCGUUGGUGUCAAUUAUUACUUUUCCAUUUACACAAAGGAUGUCCCUUGCACCAACAAAGACGUUACACUCUUCACUGAUCCUUGUGCCAAUCUUACAGGUGUAAGAAAAGGAGUUUCCCUUCCAACGGCUGCGUCGGACUGGCUUUACAUACAUCCACAGGGAAUUCGUGAGCUUAUCCUUUAUGUAAAAUACAAGUUCAAAGACCCUAUUAUGUACAUAACCGAAAACGGGAGAGAUGAAUUUAAUCACGGUGAAAUCAGACUUCAUGACGAAGAAAGAAUCGAAUACUACAAACAUCAUCUCUGGAUGGUUAGAGAAGCGAUCGCGCUUGGAGCCCAUGUAAAGGGUUAUUUCGCGUGGUCGUUGGUGGACAACUUCGAAUGGGAAGUGGGAUACGCGGUCCGAUUCGGGCUGGUUUUCGUAGAUUUCAACGAUGGAUGUAAGAGAUACCUGAAGGAUUCGGCUAAGUGGUUCAAAUCGUGGCUCAAACCAAAGUAUGGCAACUGA